ACGCCUAAUAGCGUCUCUAGUGGCGCCUCCUCAAGUCUCCAACAGCAACAGCAACAACAACAACAAAACUCGGUUGUGGCGUCAGCCCAAAGUCAAAUUGUUGCGCCAACAACGGCGAGUGUCUCUCCCUCCAGUGUCAGUUCUCAGCAAGCAGACAUGUCCAUCUCAUUAGCGCCAAUACAUAUACCCGCGAUCAGGCCCGGCUUCGAAACGGACGCUGCGACGCCCGUUAAACGGCACGCGCAUCCCUGGCCCUACGACAACGAGUUCAACCAGUACCAUGCCUCGCCAUACUAUCUCGAUCGGGAUCGCAAGCCCAUGUUCUACGGUUACCCAGAGACCCAGUUUCAGCCUGCAUAUUGGCCCAACUACCGUGAUCAGCCGACCUCUGCUGCAGCGGCGGCCUACAUGAGCGCCACCGACGAGCGCCAUGCAUCAGUCAGCGCGGCAGCAGCGGCGCGCCAGUCCGUGGAAGGCACCUCUCAGUCCAGCUACGAGACACCCACUUACUCCUCCCCAGGUGGGCUUCGCGCCUUCCCCGAGGCCUACUCGAGCACAGGCACGUCUGGUGGUCUCUCGGUUGGUGCAGUGGGUCCUUGUACGCCGACAAAUGCGAUGCACGAGUGGACCGGUCAGGUGUCGGUGCGAAAAAAGCGCAAGCCGUACUCAAAGUUUCAGACACUUGAGCUAGAGAAGGAGUUUCUCUUUAAUGCGUACGUGUCCAAACAGAAACGCUGGGAGUUAGCUCGUAAUCUGCAGUUGACGGAGCGUCAGGUUAAGAUUUGGUUUCAAAAUCGUCGCAUGAAGAAUAAGAAAAACUCGCAGCGACAGGCCACUCAACAGAAUAAUAACAACAACUCCAGCAGCAAUCACAACCAUGCUCAGGCGGCACAGCAGCACCACAACAACCAUCACUUAAACUUGGGCCUGAGCAUGGGUCACCAUGCCACAAAAAUGCACCAGUGACCUUUGGACAACAGCAACGCUGGCGCUAUGGGCUUUGCCACCUACUAGCAUUUAGCCAAUCCCAAUCCGAAUCCCCAUCCACAGCCGGACCACAAUUUUAAUACAAAUACAAACAUCAAUCCAAUUAAAAAUGAGAUGAUAUUGGAUUUUCCGUGCUAGUUGAAAGAUGAGUCCAAGCAGUACAAAUACAUAUGCAUACACAUGCAUGCAUGUGUAUCCCAAACAAACCACGGGGUUGUACUGACUGAUCCGUAGGAGGCGAAGAAGGUGGUGGAGGAAGUCGAAGUGGAUGAAGAGGAGGCAGGCAGCCCAGUUCAUGAGUCGGUGUCGCUGUUUUCAGAGUUUAAAUCUUUGGCAGACCGGCCAAGGGGAGUUGAAAAUGUAUGUUCAAUGAAAUACAAUUAAUUAAUAAGUACGUUCUUCAAAUAUCUAUAAACAAGCAAAACAAAUGUAAAUUAACCCGUCUACUGAAGCUGGGUGCGGUAGUUAAAUCCGAUAGACAGUUAGCUGCAUAAAGCAACAAGUAAACAAAUUCUGAAAUAUAUAUAUUUGUUUAUGUAUUUCUCUUAACUCUCUCAUAAAUUAACGCGCAUACUUAUUAAUUUUCAACAAUAAAUAUAUGCAUAUAUACUUAUAUACCCAUAUUAAUUAUGAAUACAGAAACAAUUCGAGUAGUAGAUUCUAAAUGUAAGUGCAGGUUAAAUUGAAGUGACAAGCACAUUGUACCCCCGUAAAAUGUUCUUAAUGUGGAACGAAUAAAUUGUUUAACAAUUUUCACAGACAAAAUGGUAGCCACAUAGCAUGUACACAAACCCAUAGAUGGACACACACACACAUACAGAAAAACAGAAAUAUACCUUUGCAUACACACACGCCCAAACGCAAACACACCGCAAUGCAGCUAGGCAGCGCCGGAAUUAUAGCAUACAUUUUGUCAUUAUAUUGUUCGUUGUGUCGUGUUCUUAGAUAAAUAUUAAGUUCCUGUAUAUAAACUAAGACAUUAAAUCACAACAUGAAAGCACGCGCAAAGUUAGUGAAACCGUCUGUGUUUUGUGAGUUAAAUGAAAAACAAAAUAAAAACUUAGUACAUGAAAACGAAAAAACAAAAACAAAAAAAAAACAAGUAAAAAUCUUAAAACAUAUGAAACUAGCAAUUAAAAUACAGAU